AGUGUGUUCAGGAGAAGCGCCGUUUUCCAUACAUGGCGCCAACACAGUGUUUCAUUUCGCGGUAGAUGGAAAACGCGCAAUAAAAGGAUGACACAGAAAGCUCUUUGACCGGCCGUCUGGCUGUAUGACGCCAGCGCCAGUCCUUUACCCACUCUCGCAACGAGACCAUGUCACGCGCGCGGCAUUCAAACUAACUGGCCGUUAACGAAAUAAAUUUCGAAUUUAGAAUAGUUUUUAAACUCAAGUGUGUGUUUGUUUUUUUUUUUCUUUUUAUAAAAAGGGCUGGGAAAAUAUUUCCAGCCAACGUCGAAAGAUAAGUGACAGUGAUAAGCGAUCGAUCUGUUUGCCCACGUUUUCGGAAAAUUAAAAAGUGUAGUGCAGUGAUGCAUUGUGUGGGAAUUUGGAAUCGGGUUCAGGUUUGAGCGAGAUUGCUGCGGCCGGUAUCGGUGGCCGGCGCGAUGGAGCACGCGCUGCAACAUCGCGAGCGCGUCGGCGUGCAGGAUUUCGUGCUGCUCGAAGACUAUCAAUCUGAGGCCGCCUUUAUUGACAAUCUGAGGAAGAGGUUCAACGAGAACAUUAUUUAUACGUACAUCGGCAACGUACUUAUCUCCGUGAACCCUUACAAGAACCUGCCCAUCUACACCGAGGAAAAGAUCCAGCAGUAUUACAAGAAGGCCUUUUUUGAGGCACCUCCACAUGUGUUCGCGAUAGCCGAUAACGCCUACAGGUCACUAGUUUACGAACACAGGGAACAAUGCAUACUUAUCUCAGGCGAGUCUGGCUCUGGAAAGACGGAAGCCUCCAAAAAAGUUCUGGAAUACAUCGCAGCACGUACCAAGCACCUUCGGACCGUGGAGACCGUCAAGGACAAGCUGCUGCAGACCAACCCCUUGCUGGAGGCCUUCGGCAACGCCAAGACCAACAGGAAUGACAACUCCAGUCGUUUCGGAAAGUACAUGGACGUCCAGUUUAAUUAUGAAGGCGCUCCGGUCGGAGGCCACAUCCUCAACUACUUGCUGGAGAAGUCCCGCGUGGUCAGCCAGAUGGCAGGCGAGAGGAACUUCCACAUCUUCUACCAGCUGCUGGCCGGCGCGGACCAGGAGAUGAUGAACUCCCUACGCCUGCAGGGAAGACCAGAGGCUUACAAGUUCUGCAACACUACGGAUUCGCACACACAAGCAUCCAAGAUAAACGACGCGGACCAAUUCCGCACCAUCCGCGACGCCAUGAAGGUGAUCGAGAUCGGCGAGGCUGAGCAGGCCGAGAUCUUCCAGAUUGUGGCCAGCGUGCUUCAUCUCGGCAACGUCAAGUUUGUGCGGAACGACAAGGGUAAUGCGGAGAUCUUGACGCAUGACGCUAACAGCGGAAACGUGGCUGAGCUCCUCAAAGUGGACUCCACCAAACUGCGUUCAGUCCUCACCAGUCGCACGAUCGAAGCGCGCGGUGAUGUCGUCAACACACCCUUAGAUGUCGAGCAAGCGCAGUUCGCCAGAGACGCCCUCGCCAAGGCUAUCUAUGAUAAACACUUCAGCUGGCUUGUGAAGAGACUGAAUGCUGCGCUGGCACCUGCUCAGUUUGGAGAUAGGGACUCCGUUUUCGGCAUUCUAGAUAUCUAUGGAUUCGAGAUCUUCCCUAAGAACUGCUUCGAGCAGUUCUGCAUCAACUACUGCAAUGAAAAGCUGCAACAGCUGUUCAUCCAGCUGACCCUCAAGCAAGAGCAGGAGGAGUACCUCCGCGAGGGCAUCGAGUGGGAGCCGGUCGUCUACUUCAACAACAUUGUCAUCUGCGACCUUAUUGAGGCUCGGCAUCAAGGCAUUAUCUCAAUCCUGGACGACGAGUGCUUACGGCCUGGAGAUGCUACGGACUAUAGCUUACUGGAGAAACUCAACCAGCGUCUGGACAAACACAAACACUACAAGAGUCAUCGCAAUGUCGACACCAAGACGCAGAAGCUGAUGGGACGAGAUGAAUUCUGCAUCGUCCAUUACGCGGGUGAAGUGACGUACAGCGUAAAGACCUUCCUCGAAAAGAACAACGAUCUUCUGUUCCGAGACAUCCAGGCCCUCAUGGCUACUAGCGGGAACACCAUCGUCGAACAAUGCUUCAAGGACGCCAACCUGACCAGCAAGAAGAGGCCCGAGACCGCCAUCACGCAGUUCAAGAACUCCCUCAACGACCUCAUCAAGAUCCUCAGCAGCAAGGAGCCGUCCUACAUCCGCUGCAUCAAGCCCAAUGACUUCAAGAUGCCUAUGCAAAUGGAUGACAAGCUGAUCUCUCACCAAGUGAAGUACCUCGGUCUGAUGGAGAACCUGCGCGUGCGCCGCGCCGGCUUCGCCUACAGGCGCACUUAUGAGGCCUUCCUCGAGAGGUACAAGUGCCUGUGCGCAGAGACGUGGCCGGUGUGGCGCGGGCCCGCAAGCGAAGGUGUGCGCAAGCUCGUUGAAGUCAUGAACUACGAACGCGAGGAGUACAGGAUGGGCAACACAAAAAUCUUCAUCCGUUUCCCGAAGACUCUCUUCGAGACAGAAGACGCCUAUCAAAUCAAGAAGAACGACAUCGCGACCAUCAUCCAGAGCCGUUGGCGCGGCUACUGGCAGCGCAAACAGUACCUGAAGAUGAGGGCGGCCGCCAUUAUCAUCCAGAAGUGGGUGCGGCGGUUCCUUGCACAGAGAUUGCUGGCUAGGAGAAAGAAGGCUGCUGAAGUCAUCAGGGCUUUCAUUAAAGGCUUCAUCACCCGCAACGGCCCUGAGACGCCUGAGAACCGCCGGUUCCUGGGAAUUGCGAAGGUGCACUGGCUGAAACGUCUUGCUACCAGACUGCCCACCAAGAUCUUGGACCUCAGCUGGCCCGUCCCUCCCGCUACAUGUCAGGAGGCUUCCAAGGAGCUGCAAAGGCUGCACCGUGCACUUCUCUCCCGCAAGUACCGCCUGGCGCUAUCGCCGGAGAACAAGAAGCAGUUCGAGCUCAAGGUUCUCGCCGAGAAGAUGUUCAAGGGCCAUAAGAACAGCUACCCAGCCAGCGUACGCAACCGCUUCGUCGUGGACCGCCUCAGCAGCGAGCUGCAAGUUCUACGCGGGACUUUCAUGGCCUCUGCGGCGUGGCCCACGGGCGAGAAGCUCAUCUAUUCCAGCGAAGCCAUCAAAUACGACCGACGAGGUUACAAGCCCCGCGAGCGCGCACUGCUCGCCUCCGACAAGGCAUUGUAUGUCCUAGACGCCGCUGGGCGAAAGACCUUCAAGCUCAAACACCGGCUGCCGCUUGAAAAACUGAGGGUCAUCGUCACCAAUGAGACGGAUAGUUUGGUGUUGAUCAAGAUUCCGCAGGAGCUGAAGAAAGACAAGGGUGACCUGAUCAUCUCGGUGCCGGAGCUGAUCGAGUCCCUGACCAUCGUCACCGACUACACCAAGAAGCCCGAGCUCAUCGAAAUUGUUGACACUAGGACCAUCGCGCACAACCUGGUGAACGGCAAGCAGGGCGGCACCAUCGAGGUGAUCAACGGGCCGCAGCCCGCCAUCCAGCGCGCCAAGAGCGGCAACCUGCUCGUGGUGGCCUCUCCCUAAACGCACCGACCAGUAUUGAGAUUAUUGAGAGCAACGACUAUUAUUUGCUCUUAUUUAUAUUUAUUUUCAUCGAUCCGUAAUUUAUUUAUAAUCUAAACCGACUUUGAAAUUUCUAAACCUUGAAAGUGAGCCUUAGUGUUGGAGAAUAUCGAAGUCGAAAUUUGAACAAACGUGUAAUUAGACCUUUGCAACAUCAGUCAUCCGAAAGUGCCUUUUAUUUAGGGCCAUUUUUAUUCAAGUAAAAUGUAAUAUAGUCUAACAAGCCAUUUCCGUCAGUAGAAAAAAGCGGCAAAUAUAAAAAAUGCAGGCGCGCCAUUGAAUAUUUAUGAUUGAAAAGUUGUUUGACAGGCUAUAUUUAUUUUUCCUAGAUAACCUAAGAAAACAAUUCAUGAUUACUGAUAUCUGCUGAUCAUAUAAUUAUUAUUAUGAAACCGUUUGUGUAUAAAAUACUUGUUAUUGUGUAUAUAUUUAUAAUCAAAUUUUCUAAUGGCAGGUUUACAUUAUGCAAGUGACUAGACUUUUGGUCAAAUAUAAUGAAUGACACAAUAAUGCAGGUAAAAAUAAAAAUUCAAAAGAAAUAGAUUUAAUAUUGACAAAUCUUUCCUUCCUCUUUUUAGAAGAGUUAUCAGAAACGGUGUUCUAAAAAAGAAUUUACAGGAAACACCUGAUCGACAUCCAUAGGAUCAUUCGACCUAGUUGCUAUGGCAACUCGGUCAGAACAUCCUUAUAAGUUUACCUACACCGUGUAUUGUCAGCAUACUCGUGGUUUAAGGCAAGUCACUUGCUAAGUGUAAACUUUCCUUAUUUUAAAUUAUGCUUUUUACUUUUUCUAACGCAAUGGUUUUUCUGUUAUAAUUUUAUUAUACGAAUGAAGUUUUUUGUAUGGAGGUAAUUCCUAACAUAUUUAUAUUUAUAAAUAUUUAUAUUUGAUAGUGAGAUAAUUUUAUAAAUCUACGUACAAAGUACUUAAGUUAACUUUUUGUAUGCCAUAAACUAGGUACGUAAGGAUUGCAAAAUGUGUCAAAAGAUUUGGAUUUUUUGCAUUGUUACAUAUUUAUUUGCAAUUAAAAUUCAACCUUAAAUCCUAAUAUGUAUGAUACAUUUUGCUGUGUUGAGAUGUAAGCUGAAUCGAAGGUGCCUAUAUAUCUUGUAGUUAAUAAUAUUUUCUACUAACUGGCACUUUAAAUUCUUUACGCACCUGUAUUAAAAACAAGAACUGAAACCUACACACACACUUAAAGGUUUCGACACUCAUAAAGUUACAACAAUAGACAUUACUUAUGUACGUAACUGUACUUCUAGAUACCGCAUAGAUGGUAGGAUCUUAUAGAAGUGGUAUACGCUGUACGCGUGCCUCCGCGAGGGACAAAACAUACGCAAUGCGACACUAUGAUUGGUCGAAUUUAUUUGUUGCCCACCAUAAAUCCAUACUAAAUUAACGGUGGGGAACCAGGGGAACAAAUAAAAUGUGAGACUGUGACAAGGACAAACAAUAAUAGCUCUUUCGCUGCUACUCCUACUGAAAGAUACAUAAGGCCCCCCCAUUC